AUGGACGACAACGACGAUUUCGAAAAACCAGCUGUCGAAGCCAAAGACGAUGCAACAUUGUAUCUCGACUGUGUUCGAUUAGUCGAAAGUGGACAAGUGCGACGAUUUGAAAGUGCAGUAGCAAAGUUUGACGUUGUCGAGUAUGAACUAAACGACGGACCAAGUAAAUCACUUCUAUUCUACGCCAUCGAACGUGGAGAUCCGGUUUUAACGAAGAUGUUAUUAGAAAUGGAAGUUCCGCUAGAUAAAGAAUAUACCAUUAUGGUACCAACAUCAUCAUCACCAACAGCUGAACUUGUUCAAAAAACAUUGAACGCCUAUGAUUUUGCACGCGAGUUACACCACGAUGAUCUAGCGGAAAUGAUACACCGUUAUCGAAAUCUUCCUCCCUACGACCAACGGUUUUUUCGUAUGCUUCAAUUGAAUGAUGUACGUCGUUGCGAUACAUUUAUUCAUCGCUUACAAAAUGAAAAACGACAGUACGAAUUAGCCACCAAAGGUCUAUUCCUUGCUGCUCAGUUAGGUUCUGUACGUUUGCUAGAUUAUUUCUUGUCGCGUUGGAAAAUCAAUAUUGAUAUUGAGCAACAACAAGAGGAUGGAUAUGCGAUAUCAGCACUCUUAACAGCGAUCACGCAUAAACAAAAUGAAGCAGCAAAAUUUCUCCUAUUCCGUGAUGCUAGUCCCAACGUUAAAGGUCAAUAUGGUAAUGCAUUCGUUACUGCUCUUCAUUAUGAUGCUCAGAAUGAUCUUUUGGCUUUAUUACUCGAUAAAAAUGUGGAUUUAACCGCUCGACAUCCCGAGUAUCCGAAAUUAUCUUUGAGAGAAUACUGUGUUCUAACCAAUCGUGUCAAAGCGAAGACGGAACUUGAUGCGUAUAUCAAACGUUUAGUAAUCAAUGGAAAUUAUGCAAGAUUGAAAUGGCUCGUUGAUCAUGGAUAUCACUUCAUCAACGUUCAAAUCAAUCCAAAACGGAAUGCGAAACAGUUGGCGAAGGAAAGAUAUUUUGAUAAGAUUGUCAAGUUAAUCGAUGAGGUCGAAACUAACCAAAUGAAAGCGAGAAUUAAGAUGAAUUUCUAA